AAUGUCAACGCUGCCAUUGCCGCCAUUAAGACCAAGCGCACGAUCCAGUUUGUCGACUGGUGUCCCACAGGAUUCAAGGUGGGCAUCAACUACCAGCCCCCGACUAUGGUCCCUGGAGGAGACCUGGCCAAACUGCAGAGAGCUGCGUGCAUGAUGAGCAACACCACGGCCAUUGCUGAGGCCUGGGCUCGACUCGACCACAGGUUUGACCUGAUGUACGCCAAGCGCGCUUUCGUCCAUUGGUAUGUGGGAGAAGGGAUGGAGGAGGGAGAGUUUUCUGAGGCCAGAGAGGACAUGGCCGCUUUGGAGAAAGAUUAUGAGGAAGUGGGUGCUGAUUCUGUGGAGGGAGAAGGAGAGGAGGAUGGAGAGGAAUGGUAA